AUGUCGUUUUCAAAUGCUUUGUUUUUCAAGUGCCUUCUUCUAAGUCUGGCCAAAUUGUCAACCUCUGUCAUUCUUCGAGAUCCGGCCGUCAUCAAUCGCACGUAUGACUAUAUUGUGGCAGGAGGAGGGCUCACUGGUCUUGUAGUGGCAGCUCGUCUGACAGAAAAUUUGAAUACCUCUGUGCUUAUCGUUGAAUAUGGUGAUUUUGACGACCGUUGGGACGUCGCGAUCCCGUACAAUGCCAGAUUUCUUCACACGGAAGACCUCUUCGAUAUUCCUUCUGUUCCUCAAAAAGGUCUGGGAAACAAGUCAUCUGGUGUGCGUCUAGGAAAGACGGUAGGCGGCGGAUCAACUGUGAACGGAAUGGCCCUUUCGAGAGGCGCGCGUACGGACUACGAUGCCUGGGCAGCUCUGGGAAACCCAGGGUGGGGUUGGGACAGUAUGUUCCAAUACUUCAAGAAAUCCUCAACUCUGACCUACCCAAGCCCUGAGCUUGUCGAUAAAUAUGAAUAUGUUGUCAGCCCAGAUGGUUAUGGUCAGGGUCCAAUGCAAGCAGGUUUUCCUAAGUGGCAGUUCCCAGCUCUAUACAACUUUAUAGACGCAUGGACGAGGGACAUUGGAGUCGAAUAUCGAACGGACGGAGAUACAAAUGGCGAAAACCUUGGCUUAGCAUGGAAGCCUAUCGACAUUGACCCUGUGAAUAUCACCAGAUGUUCGGCACGGAAAUCAUACUACGAUCCAGCCAGUGGCAUUGAAAUCGUGGCAGAUUUGCCCGGAGUUGGUGCAAACUUCCAAGACCAUCCAACGAACAUUGGAUUUGCUUUCGAAUUUCAGAAUGAACCAAGCCUCAAUCCGACUCUAUUCAAUGACGCUUCAUUUUUCAAUGCCUCUUUGAAGGAAUACAUGGCGAAUAGGACUGGGCCGAUGACUUGGGCCUUCGGCAACAACAGAGUCGUCCUUUCUUUGCAAAAUCUCACCAGCGACUAUCAAGCUCUAAUUGACGAGUUCCUUCAUAACAAUGAUGCCAGUCAAUUUCUUGAUGAGUGGCACAGGCAGCACCCGACCUUGGAGGCUGGCUAUAAGCUCCAGCACGAAUUAUUGUCUCAAAUCGUAGCUGAUAAGCACGGCAGCGUAAUUGAAAAUACCUUUGGUGGUGCCGCUGCUGCUACCUUCGCCGUCAUCAAGCCCCUAUCUCGCGGCACAGUCCUGAUCAACACCACCAACCCAGAUCCCAUUCUCGGAGCACCGCAGGUAGACUUCCAGGCGCUCACACACCCAUUCGAUAUCAAAAUCGCUAUCGAGGGAGUCAAGAUGGCUCGACGGCUCAUAUCAGCGCCCUCUCUGGCUCCACUACAGCCAGUAGAGACUGCCCCAGGAGCCAAUGUCACAACCGAUGAGCAAAUAGAGGACGCGAUCAGAAGUUCACUUUAUCGCCCCUCAAAUGCCCAUCCCUGCUGCACAGCAGCGAUGAUGCCUUUGGAACUGGGAGGAGUCGUCGACCCGCAGCUACGGGUUUAUGGUGUCCAAAGCCUGAGGAUUGUGGAUGCUAGCAUCUUGCCUCUGAUCCCUUCAGCUCAUACACAGGAAACCAUGUACGCCGUUGCAGAGAAGGCGGCUGAUAUCAUCAAAGGUGUUGAUAGUUAUUAG